AUGGAUAUCAAAAGCUUAAUUAAAAACCUCAACAUAGAGCUCACUUGUUCCAUCUGCCUGGAUUACUUUACUGAUCCAGUGAUUGCCAAUUGUAGUCAUAGUUUUUGUAGGGAAUGUCUUCUCCAGUGCAUGUGGGGAGCUGGUGACACAUUAACCUGCCCAGAAUGCAGACAACUCAUCCAAAUCAGUAAUUUGGUGCCCAACCCAAAUCUGCAGAAGCUUUCUACGGCUGGCAAAACAAUCGGUCCUCAUUUGCUUCAGAGCAUGGUGGCUUUGGCCACCUGUGAUCAACAUUGGGAAAAAGCAAAGUUCUUCUGUGAGGAAGACCGAAAACUCCUCUGUGACUCUUGUUCAAUAACCCAAGAACACAGGGAUCACCGAAUUCUUCCCCUGGACAAUGCUAUUGCUGAAGGGAAGGAGAAACUUCAGGAAACAUCGAAUAUGUUACAGAAAAAACAGGAGAAAUUUAAAAUUGCAUUCAGAUGUAUGAGGAACAGAAAAAUUUAUUUUAGAGAGAUUGCUUAUGCUUUUAAAGAGUCAAUUAUAAAUGAAAAUGAGAAAAUGCACCAAUUCUUAUGGGAUGAAGAAGCUCUAUAUCUACAAAUAUUAGAUGAGGAAUCCAAAGACAACCUGGAAGAAAUUGAGGAGAAGAAGACCAAACUGACCCAGCAAAUCCAGAAUCUGCAGCAAAUGAUAUUAGAAAUAGAGAAGAGAUUAGACAAGAAUCCCUUGGAAAUGCUUCAGGAUAUGAAAAACACCUUGGCAAGGAAUGAGGAGCUACUAAGCCAAAAACUAGAGGUUUCUUACCCUAUCUGGAGCAUCUGCUACAUCACUGGCUUGCAAGAAAUGCUCAUAAGCUUCCAGAGGAAUAUAACUUUAGAUCCUGAUACAGCCAAUCCUCAUCUUAUCCUGAAUGAAGAAUUGAAUAGUAUCAAGUAUACGAGUGUUCCCAAAGAUCUGCCUGACAAUGAAGAAAGAUUUGACUGUUGUCUUACUGUCCUUGGGACCCAGACCUUUACUUCAGGCAAACACUAUUGGGAAGUGAACGUGGGAGAUAAGACAGAAUGGAUAGUGGGCAUCUGUGAAAAUUCAAUCAGCAGAAAGGAGACACACUCCCUAUCAUCAAAGGAUGUAAGAACCUUAAUGGGCUUCACAUCUGAAAAAGAUUUCUUUCUCUGGAAUUCACAAUGUGGUUUUUAUGAGAGUGAGCCUAUCCAUGUGGUAGGUAUUUUUAUUGAUUAUGAAAAGGGGCAUAUAGCAUUUUAUAACUCUAUAGAUGGAUCCCUCAUCUGCAGUCCCCCAAACAUAGCCUUUCAAGGACCUAUUCGCCCUUACUUUUCUUCUUGUUAUCCUAAUGAAAAUAGUAAUUCUGGAUCUAUUAUUAUUUGCUCUGGGAGUAAGUCUGCCAAUGAUGUAAAUUACUAUGGGAAUGCUCUCAAUGACAAGUGAUUAAAAA